AUGACGGAAAAUAGGGAUGGCAGGAACCUCUCCAGGAGCUGCGGUCCACCUGUCUUACUCCAGUCGGUCACCCUGAUGAGCCGCAGCGACUCGGAGCCACGAGAGCUGAACCUGAGCCGGCAGUGGGCGGUGGGGGCCGCGCUCAGCCUCACCGUGCUGGUCAUCGUGGCCGGCAACUUGCUGGUGAUCGUGGCCAUCGCCAAGACGCCGCGGCUGCAGACCAUGACCAACGUCUUCAUCACCUCGCUGGCCUGCGCCGACCUGGUGAUGGGGCUGCUGGUGGUGCCCUUCGGGGCCACGCUGGUGGUGAGGGGAACCUGGCUCUGGGGAUCCUUCCUCUGCGAGUGCUGGACCUCGGUGGACGUGCUCUGCGUGACGGCCAGCAUCGAGACCUUGUGCGUCAUCGCCAUCGACCGCUACCUGGCCAUCACCUCGCCUUUCCGCUACCAGAGCCUCAUGACCAGGGGUCGGGCCAAGGGCAUCAUCUGCACCGUCUGGGCCAUCUCCGCCCUGGUCUCCUUCUUGCCCAUCAUGAUGCACUGGUGGCGGGAUGAGGACCCCCAGGCACUGGAGUGCUACCAGGACCCGGGCUGCUGCGACUUCGUCACCAACAGGGCUUACGCCAUCGCCUCCUCCAUCAUUUCCUUCUACAUCCCCCUCGUCAUCAUGAUCUUCGUGUACCUCCGGGUGUACAGAGAGGCCAAGGAGCAGAUCAGGAAGAUCGAUAGGUGCGAGGGCCGGUUCUAUGGCAGCCACGAGCAGCCGCAGCCACCCCCGCCCCCUCACCACCCGCCCAUCCUCCGCAACAGCAAGCGGAAGACCUCCCGCAUCAUGGCCAUGAAGGAGCAGAAAGCCCUCAAGACUCUGGGCAUCAUCAUGGGGGUGUUCACCCUCUGCUGGCUCCCUUUCUUCCUGGUGAACAUCGUCAACGUCUUCAACAGGGACCUGGUGCCGGACUGGCUCUUCGUUUUCUUCAACUGGCUGGGCUACGCCAACUCCGCUUUCAACCCCAUCAUCUACUGCCGCAGCCCCGACUUCCGAAAGGCCUUCAAGAGGCUGCUCUGCUGGGAACGAACGGACCGUGUUUAUAUUAAACAGCAUAUUUACAUACCACUAAUAGCAACAACAGAAAUUUACUGCACAAUUUAAAAAAACGGCGACAAAGCCGUUUUUUGCACAGUGUUAAGAGUUGUAAAGUUAUUUGAAGAUGUUACUUGCACACACGUACACACACGCAAAUUAAAAAACAGGGGUUUGAGUAACACUGACCCUGAACCUGAUUUCUGGAGUACGCGUCUGGGAGUCAGGACACCAGAAUACCCGAGAUUACAGAGGAUGCUUAGUUUGAAAGCUGAAAAUGGCCUCGAGCAGAAAGAAAUCUCCGUACGGGAUGCUCGCCACCCCACGAGUAAGUCCACCUCGUGCCGACGGUGGGCCCGAUCCUGCCCGAGCGAGGCGGGCGGUGCGUGCUUGGCGGGACAGGGUCGGGGCAGACCCCUGCCCAAAAAGCAGACGGAGGAGGCUCGAGCACUGCGAGGGGAGAUGGCAGCUGGGGAGUUGCAAAGACAACAGGACCGGGACUGCGACACCAGUGACUGCAGCGAGGUGUUGGCUGCGCACGUCAGGCUACGCCGGGUCGUGCUUCCGCUGGAUGAGCGCAAUGGCGUGAAGAACGUGAAAGGGAAGGUAGGGAAGUUCCAGACAGACGGUGGGCUGUCGAGGUGCCGGCAGAAGGCCCUCCCCACCGGAAAGAGCUGCACAAAGCCCUCCUGCAAAAUCACUGCACUUGGAGACCGCGGCCCUCAGCAUCAGCUGGCGGUAGCUCCAAGCACGAACUCAGGAAUGAAUGAAACUGUGUACAAAAACUGUGGCUUAGACCUGGGACCUGAGCUGCGCCCACGGCACACGCAGCGUUUGACAGCACCAGCCGGGUGUUUGUGCUGGAACUCUCUGUUUGAUCCUGUCGAAAGCACUGAUGUGCUCUCCUGCAGUAGCCCUAAGCGCACUCUCGCCGAGGAGGAGCGUUACCCUAUGCGCCACUGA